GCUCCGCCCCUCCUGUGGGUUGGGCCCCGGUCGGUGCAGCUGACUCCCCCCUUCUCCCUGUUGGGCCCACGAGGACGCUGUGGGAUUUGGCACCAUGUCUGUGUCAAGGCUGGCUCGGUUGCUUGGCUGCGUCCCGGCCACCGCGUGGAGAGCGGCAAGAUCACCCCUUUUAUGUCAUUCUGUGAGGAAAAUUAGUUCUCAAGGAGAAAAAUCCAAACCCAUCAAACAAUCUCUUAAGAAGCCAAAGUUACCAGAAGGUCGUUUUGAUGCACCAGAAGAUUCUAAUUUAGAGAAAGAACCACUGAAAAAAUUUCCAGAUGAUAUUAAUCCUGUUACCAAAGAAAAAGGUGGACCCAGAGGCCCAGAACCUACCCGAUAUGGAGAUUGGGAACGAAAAGGACGCUGUAUUGAUUUUUAAGACACAUAUUAUUAACUUCAGUAUCUUUUUCUGAAUGUGUACAUCUGAAUUUAUUUCCAGUUGUUUUCUUUCUGUAUAUCCUUUAAGUCAUUUAAUUUCUAUAAUGUGUUUAAAAACAUAAAUAAUGCCUUGAAAGAAAAUAUGCUGCUAUAAAUUAAGGGGAAACAGUUGUACAUUAGCACAUUAAUUUAAAUAUAUUGGAGUAUAUAAAUGGCAAUUAGAGCUGCAAACUCAUUUCAUCACAUUUCAGUUUAUGUUAAUCAACUGCUUAUAAAAUGCAAAUGUAAAUAAAACAAGUUUUAAUGAUUUUUAUUGCCUCAUGCUAGGUAAUAGUGACUUUUUAAAUGUGAGUUAAGUAACACAUUAUAGUUUGAUAAGGCCACAGUAACAACAGAAAAUCUAACUCCAGAGCCAGUUUACUUGGGUUCAAAUCCUGGCUCUGCUACUUAUUAGCCAUGUGAUCUUGGAUAAGUUAUUUAACUUCUCUACAUCUCAGUUAUCUUCAUGCAUAAAUUGGAGUUAAUGCUAGUUCUACCCUAUCAGGUAGUGAGAAGAUAUUUAAGUAAGUACGUGUAAACCACUUGGAACAGUGCAUAGCACAUAGCUCUCAGUGUAAGUGUUAGCUAUCCUUCGAUCUUAAAUGUAUUUUUCCAAGACUCUGGCUUUCUGUGGAGAAAUAUUAAGAAACCAAGUUUGAAAUACUUGAACUGAAAUUAUUUUAUAUGAAUGUAACAUUAAAAAAUCAUUAGUUGGAAAAUUAGUGAUUUUUUGCAUGGAUUAACUGAGCUGAAAUAUAUACUAAUUUGUUAAACAUGAAAUUUAGAUACAGAGGGUCAAUAUGAGGAAAGCAGGGGAUGAAAUGGGCCAGCUUAGUUUUGAUGACUCAGAAGCUCUUAUAUUGUGGCCUUUGGAUAACUGGGUCAGGAAAAGGCAUGUCCAGUUUACAGAUGUGGAAUGAAGGAAGAAUGGAAACUGCUGGGCUCGCUAAGGCGUCCUAUGCUGUCCUCUGGCCUUACUCAGUCCCAGAGAUUGGACCUUCAGCCCCCAGGCUACACUUAAAUUACUUAGAAAGAAAGGGUUUGCAGGGUCUGUAGAAGACAAUGCAGGGAGCUGAUAAUGCUGUAAUAUGACUUAUAAGAGCAAUAUUAUUUGAGAAGAUAGAGAAGAUUUAUACAAGGGAAUAAACUUUCCUAAAAUUGUAUUCUCCUCAGAAACUAAGUAGUGUAGUAAUUGGGCCUUGUCAUUCAGUCUUGGUAUCGGUUCUCUCUCUCCCAGUCAACAUUUGUUCUUCUAAUGGCCGUUACUGUGUAUGCCGUUGAGCAAUAACCACAUUCCUUUAAAAAUAUUCUGUAGGGGCGCCUGGGUGGCUCA